UACAGCAUAGCAAAAGUUUCCCUUUCGUAAACAUGAAGCUUCCACUUCUCCCAAGAAGAGAAUUAUUACCAUUUCUUUAUAUUAUCAUUGUUACAAAAUAGAGAACUGAAUUUGUUUUUAUUCUAUCAUCAUGUACACUUCAUAAUUUUGAGUCUGGCAUUUCUUGUACAAUAGCUGCCAGAUUAAUCAAAGAGCAAAAAUGGCAGAAAUGGAGAAAUGGGUCGAUGAAAUUAAAGAAAAUCUCAAGAAUAUUGAUACUUCCAAGGAGAUGGAGUGCUGGAAAAAGAGGUCUAUCUACAGAAUACCUGCCUGUAUCAGUGAUUUAAGCAAAUCAGCCUACAGGCCUGAGGUAGUCUCCUUAGGUCCUUACCACCACGGUGAAGAAUAUUUAAAUCCCAUGGAGGAGCAUAAACAACGAGCACUGGUUCAUUUUCUGAAGAGGACAAAUAAAUCAAUCGACUCCAUUGUUGAAAGUUUCAAAAGAAUGGUGCAAGAUUUGAAAGACUCGUAUGAUCAGCUUGAUGAUGAGAAGUGGCAAAAUGAUAAGUUCAUUCAACUGAUGAUCCUUGAUGGCUGUUUCAUGCUGGAAAUCUUUUAUUUCCCUUCUCAAAAAGCAGAUUACUACGCUUUCAAUGAUCCCAUCUUCAGUAAGCAUAGGAUGCUCAAUAUGAUGAUUCAUGUCGGUCGAGAUAUGUUGAAACUUGAAAAUCAAUUGCCAUUGUCUGUUAUUUACAAGCUGGCCGAUGCUGAAACUGACCAGGAUAAAGAGUUGAUCAACAGGCUUAUAUUCAGUUUCUUCUUUCCCAAGAAAGAUUUCUCACCUCUAGGACAAUGCUUGCAUAUUUUGGACGCAUAUAGAAAGAUCCUGCUUGCUGGCUGCCUAUCAAAAGCAGAUACAGAACUUAAAGAUGGAGAAGGAGGAGGAGCUACACAAUCUGCAACAGAUCUCGACGAAUUUGGAAUCCAAUUUCAGAGAAGUGAAACUACCAGCAUCAAAGAUAUUUCAUUCCAGGGUGGUGUCCUGAAGCUUCCACUUGCAGUUGUGGAUGAUGCUUUUGAGUCCACAUUUCUGAAUCUAUUAGCCUUUGAGCGUUUCCAUGCUGGAGUAGGCACUGAGGUAACGUCAUAUAUCUACUUCAUGGACACAAUCAUUGUCCACAAAAGUGACGUUGCUCUCCUGCAAUCUAGAGGACUCAUCGAAAAUGCAAUUGGAAGUGAUUCUGUUGUUGCCCAGAUGUUUCACUUGCUUGCCAAAGAUACAGCGAUGGACCCAAAAAGCAACCUACGGGUGGUGGUCAAGAAAAUUGAUCAACAUUGCCAGAAGCCAUGGAAUCAGUUUCGUAGUUAUUUGGUCCGCACUUACGUCCAUAACCGAUGUCCCAUACUUUCUCUUACUGCUGCAAUUAUCAUUUUUGCCUUGGCAUCUUCGCAGACCUUUUAUACUAUUUUUCCUUACUAUCAUCCAAGAGGCAACUGAACCUAUUAAUUAUGUUAAUUUACAUUUUAAAGUUCCAUUCAUUUUAUGGAAAUAUUAAUCAAGAUAACAAUAUUUUGAUGUGUGAUGCACUCAUGCAAAUUGGUUAAUAAAAAAUAUUUUUCCGAUUAGUGGGAAGCUUUAAGGGAUGUCCAUCUAUAAGUAAGAAAAUAGUAGGCAAAUGAUCAAGUCUAGCAUAGCCUUAGUA